CGCUUCAAGACAGCCCAAACCCGGAGUCAUUGUCAACAACCACCCGACCUCCAAGUCUCGCCAGAAAGACAGCGACAAUGCAGUCCAAACACCUUCCUGCCGGAACGGUCUCGCCUUUCCAAGCAAAAAUCUAUGCCCUCGUACAGCAGAUUCCCGAGGGGAGAGUUUGCAGUUACGCCGCGCUAGCUAGAGCCGCAUCCUCCACCACCGCCACCACUUCUUCUCCUUCAGCUAAGUUAUCAAGCACACGCGCAAGCGUAAAAGGAAGAGGAACGACAGGGAAAUGCAGUCCAAGAGCCGUAGGCGGAGCAUUACGGAGGAACCCCUUUGCGCCUGAAGUUCCAUGUCAUCGGGUUCUGGGGAGUACGGGGUUCAUAGCAGGCUUCAAAGGUUCAUGGGACAAAACCCCUUCUACAACGAAAGACCUUCCAGGUAUGAGCAAUGGCGGCCUUGGCAUCACACAGAAUGAAAAACGUGCGUUGUUAAAGGAGGAAGGUGUCGAGUUUGAUGAGCGCGGGUUUUUGCUGGAUGCAGGGAGGAAGUGGUGGGAUGGGUUUGAUGUUGGGAAGCUGUGAUACGGGGGAGGGAAGGAAGGAAGGGAGGAGGGCGGCGCUGGGGCUGUCAUUACAUGCAUAGGGUAGUUCUUUGGGUUGUGGUGGAUAUGGUGGGGAGAGAACGGGAUAGUAUAGAUUCAUGUCAUAUUAAUAUCGUAAUACAUACACACCCCCUCAAGCAAAUAUCUAAC